GGAGCCAGGCGGCCCCCCAGCAUUUCUACCAGAACAGGGCCCAGCCUCCCGCCAGCGCGUCCCGCGUGCAGAGCAACACGACGGCCCGGCCCGGCCCGCCCGCCCAUGUCUAUCCAGCCGCUUCCCAGGUGAUGAUGAUCCCCUCCCAGAUAUCCUACACGCCUUCCCAAGGAGCCUACUACAUCCCCGGACAGGGUCGCUCCACGUACGUCGUCCCGACCCAGCAGUACCCGGUGCAGCCCGGCGCCCCUAGUUUUUACCCUGGAGCCAGCCCCACGGAAUUUGGGACUUACGCGGGGGCUUACUACCCGGCCCAGGGCGUGCAGCAGUUCCCGGCGGGGGUCCCCACCGCCCAGGUCAUCGUGAGCCAGCAGCCGCCGAUCCCCCCAAAACGAGAGCGCAAGACGAUCCGGAUACGAGACCCCAACCAAGGCGGCAAAGACAUCACUGAAGAAAUCAUGUCCGGAGCGAGGACCUCAUCUACCCCCACCCCUCCCCAGGCUGGAAGCGGUUUGGAGCCCCAGGCCAACGGAGAAACCCCUCAUGUAGCAGUUAUUGUCCGGCCAGAUGACCGCCCGAAGCCCGCGCUGGUGGUGAGCAAGCCCGUCUCCCUGGAGCCCAGCAAGUCGGCGUCCCCGUCGCCUCCCCCUCCCCUCAUCCCCGAGGCGGAGCCCGUGGUGCUCUCGGACGUGACGCUGGUGCCAAUGGAGCCCCCCGGGGAUGCGGACACUAAAGUGGAGCAGGGCGAGGCGCCGCCCGACCCGCACCAGACGUUUAGUAGCGCCAUCACUACAGUGCCAGGGGCCGUGGAGCUGCCCCUCGUGCCCCAGCCUGACAUGGACACGGCGGCCGCGGCGGAGGAGGAAGGGGUGGUGGUGGUGGAGGAGGAGGAGGAGGAGGAAGAGGUCACCGUUCCCCUCCCGGAGCCCGCCCCACAGGCGCCUGUGCCACCCGAGGAGCCGCCGGCGCCCGUCACCCCCCCGCUGCCAGCCGUGCCCCCGGUGCCGGCCGCGCCGUCGCCGCCGCUCGUCGUCCCGCAGGCCCCCGAAGCGCCCGCCAAACCCGCCGCCCCCACCCCCCCGCCGCCCCGGGAAGAGCCCUGCCCUGAGCCCGCCGCCCCGGAGCCCUCCGCCGAGGCCAACGGGGUCUUAGAGGAGUUGCCCGAACCCCUCCCCGAGGCUCCCGCAUGCCAGCCGGUGCCCGUGCCCGUACCCGUGCCGGAGCCCGUCCCGGUGCCCGCCCCGGCGUCCCCCAUCGCCCAGCCCGAGGAGCUGCCCCUGCCCAACGGGGUGGAGGGCGCCAGCAAAGCGGAGCCGGGCGAGGAGCAGCCCGAGUCGGACGUCAGCCCCAUCUCGGAGCCCGAGGAGCCGGCCCAGCCCGGCACCCCCACCUCCCCCCCGGCGGAGGAGGAGGAGGAGGAGAGCGAAGGCCCCGCCGAGGCCCAGGAGCGGAGCUCGAGCCCGGCCCCUGCCCCUUCGCAGAGCUUGGAGGCGACUGUGCAAGUCGCCGUGUCGGUGCCAAAGAAGAAGCGAAGGAUGAAGGAGCUGAACAAGAAGGAGGCCGUAGGCGACCUGCUGGAUGCCUUUAAGGAGUCUCAGAUCAGUGACAGUGCCUCAGAGGCAGAGAACAAGCCUCCCCCGUCCGCCCCUGCCCGCGAAACAGAGGACACGGCCCCCGCCCGGCCCCAGGAGGAGUCGGAGGAGACGUGGGAAGAGAAGGAGGACAAGCUGGCCCCGGAGAAGGGCAAGGCAGGGGACCAGAAGUACCGCUACAAGGAAGAGCAAUGGAAGCCGCUGAACCCCGAGGAGAAGAAACGAUACGACCGGGAGUUCCUGCUGGGCUUCCAGUUCAUCUUUGCCAGCAUGCAGAAACCCGAGGGGCUGCCCCAGAUCACGGAUGUGGUGCUGGACAAGGCCAACAAGACCCCGUUGCGGGCGCUCGACCCCAUCCGCCUGAGCGGCAUGAACUGCAGCCCCGACUUCACCCCCUCCUUUGCCAACCUUGGCCGGCCCGUCAUGGGCAACCGGGGCCUGCCCUCAGGCUUGGGUCCCCGCCGCUCCCAGCAGAGCCAGAGGAAGGAACCUCGUAAAAUCAUUGCCACCGUGUCCCUCAACGAGGACGUCAAGCUGAACAAGGCCGAGAAGGCCUGGAAACCCAGCAGCAAGCGUGCCUCCGAGGAGGAGGAUCCCGAGAACAUCAAGACACAGGAACUGCUCCGCCGUGUCCGCAGCAUCCUCAACAAGCUGACGCCCCAGAUGUUCCAGCAGCUGAUGAAGCAGGUGAUGGAGCUGUCCAUCGACACGGAGGAGCGGCUCAAGGGCGUCAUCGACCUCGUCUUCGAGAAGGCCAUCUCGGAGCCAAACUUCUCUGUUGCCUAUGCUAACAUGUGCCGUUGCCUUAUGGGGCUCAAAGUGCCCACGACAGACAAGCCCACGGUGACUGUGAACUUCCGCAAGCUGCUGCUCAACCGCUGCCAGAAGGAGUUCGAGAAGGACAAGGACGACGACGAGAUCUUUGAGAAGCGGCAGAAGGAGAUGGACGACGCCAGCGCUCCCGAGGAGAAGGCCCGCAUGAAGGACGAGCUGGAGGAGGCGCGGGACAAAGCCCGCCGGCGGUCCCUGGGCAACAUCAAGUUCAUCGGAGAGCUCUUCAAGCUGAAGAUGCUGACGGAGGCCAUCAUGCACGACUGCGUGGUGAAGCUGCUCAAAAACCACGACGAGGAGUCUCUCGAGUGCCUUUGCCGCCUGCUGACGACGAUUGGCAAGGACUUGGACUUUGAGAAGGCCAAGCCCAGGAUGGACCAGUACUUCAACCAGAUGGAGAAGAUCAUCAAAGAGAAGAAGACAUCAUCCCGAAUCCGUUUUAUGCUACAGGAUGUAAUUGACCUCAGGCAGCACAGCUGGGUGCCUCGGCGAGGAGACCAGGGCCCCAAAACCAUCGACCAGAUCCACAAGGAGGCGGAGAUGGAGGAACAUCGGGAACACAUCAAAGUGCAGCAGCUCAUGUCAAAAGACAAGAGGAGAGGACCGCCCGGGCCGUCCUCCAGCAGUGGACGCAGCAGCCUGGUCGCGGAUGACGGCUGGAACACGGUGCCCAUCAGCAAGGGCAACCGGCCCAUCGACACCAGCCGGCUAACGAAGAUCACCAAGCCUGGAUCGAUCGACUCCAACAACCAGCUCUUUGCGCCGGGCGGGAGGCUGAGCUGGGGCAAAGGCAGCAGCGGGGGGUCAGGCGCGAAGCCGGCGGACUCAGCAUCUGAUUCAGGGCGACCGGCCACGAGCACCUUGAACCGCUUCUCAGCGCUCCAGCAGUCCACCCCUGCCGAGAGCCUGGAGUCCCGUCGCGUGGUGCAGAGGAGCAGCUCCAGCCGCGACAGGUCAGAAAAGGCCGGGGACAGAGGGGACCGGGAGUCGCGUUCGGAGAAGGGCAGCGACCGCCUGGAGCGUCCUGACCGGGGGGAGCGGGGCGAGAGGAACAGGUCCGCCCUCACCAAGAGGAGCUUCAGCAAGGAGACCGAGGACAGGAGCAGGGAACGGGAGAAGCAGGGCGGCCCCGAGGCCGUGCGCAAGGCUGCUAGCAUGACGGAGGAACGGGACCGGAGCCGAGAGCCCAUUAAACAAGAGCCAGCACCUCCCGCAGCAUCGCCGAAGCCCACGCUGUCAGAAGAGGAGCUGGAGAAGAAAUCCAAGGCGAUCAUAGAGGAAUAUCUGCACAUCAACGACAUGAAGGAGGCCCUGCAGUGCGUGCAGGAGCUGGGCAGCCCCUCCUUGCUCUACGUGUUUGUGCGGAACGGCAUCGAGUCCACCCUGGAGAGGAGCACGAUCUCCCGCGAGCACAUGGGGGUCCUGCUGUGCCACCUGGUGAAGGCGGGCACGCUCUCCAAGGAGCAGUACUACAAAGGGCUGCGGGAGAUCCUGGAGAUCGCGGAAGACAUGGAGAUCGACAUCCCGCACAUCUGGCUGUACCUGGCCGAGCUCAUCACGCCCAUCCUGCAGGAGGAAGGCAUCCCCAUGGAGGAGCUGUUCAGGGAGAUAACGAAACCCCUGGUGCCCAUCGGGAAGGCCACCACGCUGCUGGUCGAGGUGCUGGGCUUGUUGUGCAAGGGCAUGAGCCAGAAGACCGCAGGCAAGCUGUGGCGGGAUGGGGGCCUGAGCUGGAAGGAAUUCCUGCCCGAGGACCAGGAUGUCAACAAAUUUGUCACAGAGCAGAAAUUGGAGUACACGAUGGGGGAUAGCUCGGACACGCCGAGCUGCAAGGAGCUGACCUCGGAGGAGCUGUGCAAGCAAAUGGACAAACUGCUGAAGGAGAACCCGAACAACCAAAGAAUAUACGACUGGAUCGAGGCCAACCUGAGCGAGGAGCAGGUCUCAUCCAACAUGUUUAUCAGGGCCCUGAUGACGUCCGUGUGCCAUUCAGCCAUCGUCUUUGAGAACCCGUACCGCGUUGACGCCCUGGUCAUCCGCAACCGGGCCAAGCUGCUGCAGAAGUACAUGCGGGACGAGCAGAAGGAGCUCCAGGCCCUCUACGCCCUGCAGGCCUUGGUGGUGAAGCUGGAGCAGCCUCCGAGUGAGUGCCAGGGGACAGCAGGCCCGGGGAUGGGGGUGGCAGGCAC